AGCCUGUCUGUCUGCCUGUCUGUCUCUCUGUCCGUGGUGCUGAAAUCGGCUGCUGAUCGAUCGGUUCAGUUUUCUGUCGGGAUCAAUACCAAACUUUGUGUGGUCUUUUACGUGUCGCCGUGACGUCACUGUCUUUCUGCCGGACUUUGCCGUUCCCGUCCCGAUGUGUGUGCUGGUCCUGUGAGUGCAGGAGCUCCGCUCAGCUGAUGGAGGUCUCCGCCUCCGGCUGCUUCCUCAUCGACUCGCUGCUGUCGCGGCCGCAGCCUGCGGGGCUCAGCCCGCCUCCUGGACUCCGGCCGGACUCCGCCGCGCCGCCCCGCGCCGGCAGCUCGUCUUUCCUGAUCCGGGACCUCUUAGCCGACUGCCGGCCCCGCUCCGAGCCGGGACAGCCCGGGCCGGAAGAAGACUGUCAGGAUAAAAGUCAGAGCAGCGAGUCCAGAGAGCAUGACGGGGUCUCGGAGCCUGCGGCGGCCCGGCUGAAGAGACCUCGAAAAGCUCGGACGGCGUUCAGCGACCAGCAGCUGUGCAGGCUGGAGAGAAGCUUCCAGAAGCAGAAAUACCUGAGCGUCCAGGAGCGCAUGGAGCUGGCGGCUUCGCUGCAGCUCAGCGACACUCAGGUCAAGACCUGGUACCAGAACAGGAGGACAAAGUGGAAGCGUCAAUCAGCUGUCGGUUUGGAGCUCCUGGCUGAAGCCGGCAGGAUGUUUCUGCCCACGCACUUCCUGUGCCAUCCUGCCCCACCCACACUGGACCUGUACCUGUACCAAGGCCACGCCCCUCACCACCACCCAGUCCUACCACUGCUGCCCCACAUCCUGACCCAAACUGAGACCCACCCCCACUGACACCAGCACAGUAAGAGGAAUGAGAGGACGGGGAGGACUGAGAGGACAGGGAAGACUAGGAGGACAAGGAAGACUGAGAGGACAGGUUGGACUGAGAAGACAGGGUGGACCGGCAGAACAGGGUUGAUUGCGAGGACUGAGAGGACAGGGAGGACUGGGAGGACAAAGACGACUGAGA